CGCCAGCAUUAUGAUCGUUUAUUUAGUACAGAGAGGCUGUCCUUGACUUGGUGCACUCCCUACUCGUGUUUAUGUGAUUUUACUACAACAGAAUACCAAGUUUCCUUUGGCUUUUCCUUUAAACUGUCAUGUUUCUCGAAUUUUGCUUUGUGUUUGCUUGUCCUAGCUGAAAACGAGCAUGAGAAGGUGCCGCGUUUCAGUUGAGACAUGGAGAUACCUGCAUCCACCUCCGACAACAACCGCGUCUGCGUUGACAAGACCUGCUCGUCUCUGACCGUGGACGACGUCUAUGAGAUAGCGAAAGGGAUCGGCACAGAGCUAGAGAGGCUCAUCGACAGCUACGGUAAAGAGAGCGUCGUGGGCCUCGUACCGAAGGUGGUCAAAGUGCUGGAGCUUCUGGAGAGCUUCGCAGCCAGGAACCACGCACACAAGUAUCGGGAAGAAGAACUGCUGAGGACCUUCGAGAGUUUACAGCUGCAGCAAAAGAGACGCGCAGGCAACGACGAAAUCAACGAGAAACAUGAAAUUCGGGAGCAGCAUCAGAAGGAGCAGCAGUGGAGGAGCAAGUGUGAGGAGCUGCAGGUCCAAGUUCAGCAGCUGCAGGAGGACAACGAGCAGUUGCAAAGCAGGCUGAAAGGCAGCCAUGCGCACGAUGACCGUGUCCAGCGGCAGGAGCGAGAAGUGAUGCUGAAGCUGAAGCAGGUGGUGGACAAGCAGAGAGAUGAGCUGAGGGCAAAAGUCCAAGAGAUCACCACCAUCUCUAAGGAGGUGGAGGCGCUCCAGGAGCAGUUGGAGCGCUUCAUGAAGAUGAAUGCGGAGCUGCGACACAAGCAGAACGUGCUGCAGGCCCAGCUGAAGAGCACUGUGGAGAGAAAGGCUGACAUGGAGGCCGACCUGAAAGAGAAAGUUAAAGUGAUUGAAGAGCUGCAAGCACAGAUGGACAGAACCAACAGCAAUAGCCAUUCCAGUCCAGGUCACACCAAUAGUAAAACCGAGCCCUCAGCUGACCUUAAGGAUCCUGAUCAGCCGUGCUUCACUAAGAAGGAGGUGCGUGACAUCAUUUUUGAGAGGAAUGAGCUGAAAACCAACCUCUUCCUGGUGCAGGAAGAGCUCAACUACUAUCAAAGGGAGAUUCUGAAUGAGGAAAGGUGCCCAGGGUUCCUCUUGGAAGCCGUGCGAUCCAUCAUCACAAAAAAAAGAAAAGUCAUCAAAGCCAAGAUGCUGGGAACUGCCGUGAAUGACUGCAGCAGUGAUGAGGAAGACAAGAGGCCCCUGACAGAAGUCGAUGGUACUGAAAAACCAGCAGAGUCACGUAUUCGAAACCUCUUUGGCUUCCUGACGUGGACGGGCAGCGGCCGUAGCCCCACCCACAUGAGCAAUGCCACUUCCAGCUGGGAGAUCAUCGCAGACUCAGAGGCCAGUGUGGAGCCCCAGGAGCACACGUCUUCCUGAGUCUAGGACAGAAACAACAAGUCUGCAAGUGUAUUUCAUACCCCUCAAUAUUUGCUACUUUAAUUCAUGGCUGCUGCAAGCCUGCCAGCAUUACCACAAAAAUACUAUGCAAAGUGUAUGAACAGAGACAUGUAAAUAUUAUGUUUUUAAUCAAAACACCUCCUUCAACCUUUUUUUUUGCUUUCCUUUAAUCUCCCCACACAUUUGUCUUUAGUCUUCUUAUCAAUUUUAAGUACUUAUACAAUAAUUUUAUUUUGAUAAUUUUAUUCUCCUUUAUUGGAAGAGUUUUGUUGUAUUGUAGUUAUUGUAACUGGAAAAAUAUGCGUAUAUAUUUUGGAUCCUUUAUUGUGUUUUAAAACCAAAGACUAACAUAUAAGUAUUUUGAAUGAGACGAGGACACGUAUGGAAGACCACUUCUGUUUCUUUUAUAAAUAAUAACAGCAAUUGAACCACAAAUCUCUAAUUGGGUUUUUACUACAUUUGGGUAGUAUUAAAUGGAUAAAUAUGAUGAUACCUUUCUUUUAGCAGUCAACGUAUGUUAAUUCCGUGAGCCUUAAACUACUGCUUGAAUUUAGGUGGGUUUUGUACAGAAAAUGUUGCACUGUAAUUAGUAUGAAAUGGUUUACAUGGCAUUUUAGAAAAUGAUGAGGAAAAUACAUAAUAAAUAUUUAAAUAAAUAACUCACCCCAACUCAGAAUCCCUAACUGCUUUGAUAUGAUGCUCAAAUCUAGAAUUGUAUGGAAAAAUGGAGCGUUUCCAGAGUUGUGGCUGGACUGGCCAUGUAUUUGUAAUGCGGGUGAUGCUUUGGUCCUUGCACAUAACCAAAUGUGUAUGUAAACCUGUUAUUUUGCUUAUUGUCAUGUACAACAAAGCUUUUAGCUCAGCUCUUAAAUUGGGAAAUGAUUGAAGUGACUUUUGGUUGACGACAUGCUCAGUCAGCCAGUGAGCUCUGUUGUUUCAGAGAGAGGAUGGGAGAGGAUGAUCCUGAUCCAUUUAGUUUCUAAAUGGAUAAAACUGUACUGUUUGUGGUUUAUUUUUGUAAGCGUGAACUUUGUUUCUGGCAAAAAGAGAUUUAAGAUGAGCACAUUUGAAUACAAAUGCGACAAACAAAAUCAAGAGGCAGAUUUUCCUGUGAUCCUGAGAAUCAUUAAAAUCUAUUUAAGACAGA